AUACAUAUCGAUAAACACUGCCAAUGGAUCAGACUAUGAGAUGUCAGGAAAAACAGAUAUUGAGUCAGAUGCUGUGCCUUCAGAUGUCCCAACCGAAAAUGGAGUAACAGUUUCUUCAUCAGCUGCAGGGAAUUCAAAAGGAUUGUAUGAAGACGAACAAAGUAAAUUUGUUUCUGAACAUUUUCACCUUUUGUCAUCAUGUUUGAAAGUUGCUUGUUUUGAUAUUUUUAUCAUAUAUCACGAAGAUGAUUAUAAAGAGGUAGAUGAGUUUCGGUUAGCUCUUUGUAGCAUACAAUCAAGCAAAGGAAGACACAUUAAUGCAGUGCUAUAUGACGGAGAAGAGCUUAUUUCCUUAGCCGGUGGCGAGUUAGAAAACUUAGAAGAAGCCUUUGAACGAUGCACAUUUUGUUUUGUUUAUCUUUCUGCAGUCUUUGUGAAGGACAGUUGGUGCAAACUAAUGGGUCAAGCUUGUUUAAUGGAAACAAUAUAUAACGAAAAAAAGCAAUGGUGUGUAAUGCCUGUAUUCACUGCCCCAAAAAGAAAGAUGAGUUUUAAGAUCCCAAUGGGGUUAAAUGCGCUCAAAGAAAUCAAAUAUUAUCAACCAUUCGAUUUUUUUGAAAAAUGUGUCCAUGCACUAGUUAGUAGCAGACUAAACGAAAGGGAAGAAAGGGAACUUGAGUUACAGCAUAAACGGUACUCUUAUCUUUUUGAAAAGGUUACAUCGGACCCAGAAAUAAAAUCCAUAUUGAAUAAAAGAAUACCAAAUUUUGAAAAAUCGACCGAAGAAUAUAAUUCUUCAAAAGAGACACUUUACCAAAGCGAUUUAGAAUCUGCAACUGCUAAUUUGAUGAAUACUGAUUUAGAAAUUGACGGUGCAUAUGGUGGUUCUUCUGAAGAUGCAUGCUCCAGAAUCCGUUCGAAAUCAGUCGAACAAACAAAUAUUUCCAAUUUUUGGAAGAAAUGUGACGAUAAAGACUUAAUGAGAAACCAUAGAAUCCUUGCCAAAGCAUCGUAUUCAGUAGGAAUUAUUCGUGACCCAGAUGGGACAGGAAGUGGAUUUCGGGUUGGCAGCAAGUUCUUUGCAACGGCUCGUCACGUUGUUUACAAUAUAAUUGCAACCAACAACACAAUUGAUAUAAAUAAACUAAGGUCAAGCCGAUGCUAUGUUCAGUUUGAGUAUAUAUCACACAACCAGAUUCAGAAUGAAAAAAAUGUGUUCCAUUUCACAAAUAUAGCUUAUGAGAAUGCAGAUUUAGAUGUAGCGAUUCUAGAAUUAAAAGAAGAAAGUGACAAACCUUUCCCACCGUCCAUUUCAAUGAUCUCUAAAAUUAAAAAGAACAAUCCAAUAUAUAUAAUCAGUCAUUUAGCCGGCCUUCCUCAAACUACUGAUCCUAGGAUUGAAUUAUAUCCGUUGCAAAAGGACAAAGUGAAAAAGUCAAAAGAAUGGGCAGCCUCAAAAGGAAUCGACGCAGAAAACGCGUAUUAUGACAUUGAUAAUGCCGAUAAGAUAUUAUUCCACUGUGCGUCAGGACCGGGAGCAUCUGGGGCAUUAGGAAUCAUGGUUGAUAAGAGUCUAGAUGAACCAUAUAGUGUGCUGAUGCUAUUGCGGGGAUAUCCAAGUUUCUUGUAUGGAGAGCUUUCAUUUUCAGACACUGACAAAGAGAACUUUUUAAUAGUAGAACAAGGUGUUCUUCUGUCUUCUGUAUAUGAAGACAUGAAAAGGCAAGAAAAGUAUAGUGAUCUUGUAGAAGAUAUAUCUGAUAGCUUAAAUGAUUUGUAUGAUAGGGAUUGACAAUGAAAAUGCAAUAAUAUUAAUUAACUCAGAUCUCUCUAACUAAAAUACACAUUAGUGCCUUAAUGAAAUUUUUUCUUAUUAAUUUUGAAAUUAUUUCGAGGAGGAAUACAAAUGACAAUUGGAAUUGAGGAUAUGUCAAAGGGACAUCAACCCGAUCCAAGAGCAGGAGGAAGUCUUCAUUGGGACUAAUAACAAUUAUAUACCGUUGUGUUAGACAAUUAAGUGACCAUCUGACAACGAAAAAGGGAAUUUCUUUUCGGAUAAAAAAUAUCGUUGAAAAGAUCUAGAUAGCUGUAGUUUAUCGCCAAACUCGUUAAUAUAAUUCUAACUGUUAUCACUAAGUAAGGUCUCACCUGCCUUGUAGUAAAAAAAGAGGAUGGUACAGCAUGGUUAUAUAAUGGACACAAGAUUUGUGUAAUGUCUUGUUAUCGUUAAAGAGACUACGAUAUUUGUUUAUUAUAUC